CCCUCCAUCUCCAUUCCCAUUCCCAGUCAUAGUGAUGGGAGAAGAUUCAGGUAGGUCCAAUGACUCACAAACAAAUGGCGAUGUCCCGUGCUGCAAAUGUGGUGUGCCCAUGCAGCCCAAUGAUGUCAAUAUGUGUGACUCUUGUUUCUACUCGGAGGUUGAUUUAACUGAAGGGUUACAGAAACAUGUCACCAUUACUUUCUGCCCGGAUUGUGUAAGCUAUUUACAGCCUCCUGGAACUUGGAUUAAAGCCCAGCCUGAAUCCAAAGAACUUCUAACAUUCUGUGUGGGGAGGCUGAAAGAUUUUAAUGAAGCUCGUUUGGUGGAUGCCGAGUUCAUCUGGACUGAACCUCAGUCCAAGAAGAUCCGAGUCAAGCUUAAACUUCAGAAAGAGGUUCUGCAGGGGAGAAUCCUUGAACAAUCGUAUACUGUUGAGUUUGUUGUCCAUGACCAGUCAUGUAAAACUUGCUCAGGUAUUUAGCCCCAACACUGACCUACACAAAUUUUUGGAAUUUUACUUAUUUUGUUGCUGGGUUAUGAAACUAUUAGUUUGUCGUGAUAUAUGUGGUGGUUAGUUAGAACUUAAAAUGUCUAUAUAUGAAAGAAAGUUUUGCCGCACAUAUAAAUUUCUUUUAAAGAAAUGAAGUGAGAAGUAGAUU